AUGAAAAUCAAAGCCCUUUCUCGCCCGACGGCGUCGCAGCAGGCGCCUGGAUCCGCCACCGUCCGCCAGGCGCGGAAUCUCGACCCGUCCCAGCAUCCAUUUGAGCGAGCCCGCGAGUACACUCGUGCUCUCAAUGCCGUCAAGAUGGAGCGCAUGUUUGCUGCUCCAUUCUUGGGCCAGAUGGGUGAUGGUCACGUCGAUGGUGUCUACAGUAUGGCCAAGGACCCUGGCUCACUCGAACGAUUUGCAAGUGGUAGCGGUGAUGGUGUCGUGAAGGUGUGGGAUAUGACGACCCGUGAAGAGGUUUGGAACACCCAAGGACACGAGAAUAUCGUCAAAGGUCUCUGCUGGACUCCGGAACGGAAGCUUUUGUCAUGCGCAAGCGACAAGACUAUCAAACUCUGGGAUCCGUACAACUCAACUCCCGAGGCGCCUCCCAUGGCAACUUACCUUGGUUCCGGCGCCUUCACUGGUGUUUCGCACCAUCGGAAUCACCCGUCCUUUGCAGCAUCUUCAUCGGUUAUCUCCAUCUACGACCUUUCCCGUCCUUCCUCCACACCCUCGCAAACUCUGCAUUGGCCGACUAGCGUCGAUACCAUCACCUCGAUUGCCUUCAACCAGACCGAGACCUCGAUCCUUGGUUCGACCGCUAUCGAUCGCUCGAUCAUUAUGUACGAUCUGCGCACUUCUUCGCCAGUGCAAAAGCUAGUUUUGAACUUGGCUUCCAAUGCCAUUGCUUGGAACCCCAUGGAAGCCUUCAACUUUGCUGUCGCCAACGAAGAUCACAACGCCUACAUUUUCGAUAUGAGAAAGAUGGACCGUGCCCUCAAUGUUCUGAAGGACCAUGUGGCCGCUGUUAUGGAUGUCGAGUUCAGCCCUACUGGUGAGGAUUUGGUGACUGCAUCCUACGACCGCACAGUCCGCCUGUGGAAGAGGAACCGCGGGCACUCUCGUGACAUUUACCACACCAAGCGGAUGCAACGUGUCUUCUCCGUCAAGUUCACCCCCGACAGCAAGUAUGUCUUGUCUGGAUCUGACGAUGGCAACAUUCGUCUGUGGCGUGCCAAUGCCUCCGACCGUAGUGGAAUUCAGAGCGCCCGCCAGAGAACGAAGUUGGAGUAUGACCAGGCUCUGAUCAAGCGGUACGGACAUAUGCCCGAGAUCCGCCGCAUCAAGCGCCAGCGUCACUUGCCCAAGCCUAUUAAGAAGGCUGGUGAGAUCAAGCGUGACGAGCUUUCUGCGAUUAAGAGACGUGAGGAGAAUGUGCGGAAGCAUACUGCCAAGGCCAGCCUCAAGUCAAGAAAGAGUGAGCGUGAGAAGAUGAUUCUGGCUCGCGAGCAAUAA